UCCGCACGGCUGACCGUCGUACCUCUCGGCCUGGCGGUUAAUAUGGAAUAUUUUCACCGAGUAAGCUGCCAAAUGCAUUUGCACCGGCGGAAAAAAACAGCUCUCUUGUAGCGCAAAUUAGAAAAGCAGCUCACUCCGCCGUUUUUUUAAUGGCUUCUGGCUCCGGAGAUGAGGAGGGAAACACGGAAGGCGUUUCAUGGAGGCUUAUAGGCCCAGCAGCGGGGCUCUCCAAGAAGCGCUGCCGUCUAAUGUACUCCUCCCUCGGUUACGACUCUGAUGUCUGCCUCUUCUAUGUGAAGGGGGAGUUUUUUGCUAUGGAUGCUCGCUGUGCUCAUGCCGGCGGUCCUCUGUGUGAGGGGGACAUCGAGGAAGCAGAUGGAGUCCUGCAGGUCUUCUGUCCCUGGCACGACUACGACUUUGACCUCAGAACUGGGAAGUCAGGGACCUCCUUACAGCAACAAGUGUAUGAAGUCAAGCUGGAGGAUGGCAAUGUGUACGUGAAACACGCCAGUCGUCUCUCCUUAGAGCCUUUUCCUGCGAAUCAGAAGAAUUGAACAACCUCGGCGCCGACGCCUUGUCGUCUAGCCCUUCGUGAAGCCGCUGCCGAGGUCUAUUUUUAAGACUUGUUCCACAAACCCAAGCCAUCUGAAACAUUCCUAAGCCUUAUCUGUCAUUUUCACAGACCGUUUCUACUUUGGUUGCUGUGGACUCAAGACGAUAUCGAGAGGAUUGUCUGAAGAGGACAUGACAUCAUGAAAUAGUUUCAGAGUUUUUCUUGCUGGCAUUCCAGGUAGAGACUCAUCACAGACACUGAACACAGAGCUGUGGCUCACUGUGUGCUCACCUUGAUAACUUUGAUAACACACCAGAUGGUAGCAAACAUGCAACAUGAAAACACAAAAUGUUACUUUUUUCCAGCAGAUGUUAUAGAACUA